GAAGAAAUGGUGAUACUGUCGGAGAUUCAAACGCUCUGAGAUCCAGGCCGGUUUUGGUGACGUAGCCACGCGAUUUGGCAGUCAAGUCGUCACAUCACACUUGUCGAGACUGCCAUGUUCCUUCCUGCUUCGAGCAAAGAACCCAUCGAGAAGCACCAAAUCGCUACUCAAUUGAUCUCACUAUACAUUCAUAGUCUCGUCCCAUCAUCUCAUUAAGAACUGAUCUAUCUCGAAGCUUACCGCUGCUGUCGAAUCCAAGACGAUGUCGAUCAAGACCACCAAACCACUCACAACGAACGACGGCAAGAAUGAGAGGGUCGCUUACGGACCUGCAGUAUGGUACACAGAAGAUGACAAGUAUCUUUUUACCUACGGUCAUGAGUUACAACUGCCAGAAGCUCGACUCCAAAAUUGGUAUCCAGCGUCGUUCACGGACCCUAAAGACACGAAUACACGUUUUCAGACCAUGGAGCACUACAUCAUGUACAGCAAAGCCAUGUGCUUCAACGACGAGGAGACGGCCAAGAAGAUCCUCGUAGCAGCCACGCCCAAGGAGGCCCAAGCACUUGGCCGACAGGUCAAGAACUUUGAUGGCAAGAAGUGGCGUGAGAUUGUGCCUGAGGUAGCAGAAACCGGGAACUGGUUGAAGUUCUCCCAAGUCGCCGAGUGCCGAGAUGCGUUGUUGGCGACCGGAAACAGAAUAUUGGCAGAGUCGAACCCUGAGGAUCGGAAUUGGGGAAUCGGAUUUCGUGGAGACGAAGCGGCUGGACGGGAGAGUGAAUGGGGCACGAACUUGCUCGGUAACGCGCAGAUGAAGGUCAGAGAUAGACUCACGAAAGGGGAAACGCUGUAGGUAGCCUUUUGCUUCUGCUAGACUCAUGAAAUGCUGAUGUUACGCGAACUCUGCCUUGUCGUAUGCAUAAGUUCACUGCCUCUAUGCCGCACGAUAAAGGCAGAUCAUCAAUCGAGCGAUUCGAAGGUGUAAUCAUGUGCCGGCCUGGGAUGGUAUUCCUUGACAAUUGAUGAGACGACGAACUUCGGUGGACAUUGCUGCGACCCUGAAGAGUAUUACACGUGAUAGGCUUCAGUACAAGGAAAGGUUCAACAUCUCAACAGACCUCACAGCGGGGAAAUCCUUCAGCAUGCCCGAGUAACACGACCUCGUGCAUGGCUUUUGACGCAUGUGGUACAAAGUUCAACCAGGACAAAGGCUUUCCGUCGAAUUUAACCGCCCGUACACGAGCCAUGAACCG